AUGCCUCCCGCUUUCGGCGUUAUAACAGGCCAGUGGUACCGUCAUGCUGAACAGCCCGUCCGCAUUGCAGCCUGGUAUGGAACCAACGCAUCGCAACAAUUGUCGCAGCAGGUCUUUCAUUCGGACUCGCCCAUGUUCCCAGCAGCACCCUUAAGUCAUGGCAGAUUCGUCACCGCCUCCUUCGUCUACUGGAGACUCGAAAACGACGUCAAAACCGCCCGCUUCCUCACUGGCCACCAGCGCGCCCAAGCCAUCGAGCGUCUCCGCGCAAACAACACCGGUAUCGGUUCCCGCGAAUUCAACUGGAGCCAAGUCAUCGAGGUUUUCCUCGACCCAAAGACAUACCUGUGGUUCGCGCUGACCCUCCUCCUGAACGUCGGAGCAGCGACUGCGCGCGAGAGGAAGAGGGUUGCGAAUGGGAAGCCGGCGAAACUUACGGAUCGGUCUAUGAUGGACCAUUAUGAGGCGCAGGAUGAUAUGGAUAGCGGGAAUGGCGAUGCGGCGCAGCGGAGUUGA